AUGUGCCAAGUACUCACUCAAGAUGACUCUUAUCUGCGCUUGACUGGCCCUUCUCGUGCAAUUCUAGCUGUGGACUAUGUUGACUUUGAAGUCGAACUAAAAGUACGUGAUGGAGAUGAUGAGCUCAAUGAUACACAGUUGAUGUGUGCUGUCAACCGUUAUGAUGGCAACCGUUAUGAUGAAGCAGAUGACAACGGUGAGCACCGACCUUUACCGUUCGAUAGUCCCUUCUGUAGGGCAGAGUUGAGGUUUGAGAGGCUUCUUACAACGGUUCAAGCCACUAUUUUAUCCGUUCGUUUUAUUGGAGGGGAGUUUCCUUUCAAAUUCGGAGGCCAGGUUGCCUGUGUUAUUGAUGGCACACGUGAGAAGGUUGUUUUGUUUCAUUCCAUUGAAAAAAUUUCUAAAGAACAUGAAGUAGGUCUAGGUGGUUAUGUUCCUUUGUCAAGGAAUGUCGUUUCGGUAGAAAUUAGAGGAGGGUUGGAUGUUGUGGUAGAAGCCUACGGGCGUUCUGGCUCUACAUCUGGUCAUUUCUACUUCCCUUCCAAGUAUUGCAACACAAGUCAGGGUAGAUUUUUCGUCUGCGGUUCUGAGGUGGAGAUUACCGUUGCUUGGUCCCGGCUUGUGGGGGACAAGAUGGCGAUGUUGAUUGAGGGAUACACUACUCAGAUGUAG